GACUGAGGACGAAGAAGAAGAAGAAGAAGAAGAAGAAGAAGAAGAAGAGUGGGAGGAGGCGGAGGAGGAGGGAGAGUGAGGAAGCAGGAAGAAGAUAAAGAGAGAGGGGAAAAAGAAGAGAGUGUGAGGAUGUUCUCCGUUUCGCUCAAGUGCCGCUUAGGGGUCAUCAGGCGCCGAAUCAAGGAUGACGGGCCUUAUGGGAAAACAAAGGACAUAUCAGGUCCAGAGCACAACAUGGCCUCUAGGAGACACAGUAUACCAGAAGCUCUGCGGGGGGUAACCAUGGUGGAGCUGGUGAAGAAAGAAGGCAGCACGCUCGGCCUGACCAUCUCAGGAGGGACCGACAAGGACGGGAAACCGAGGGUAUCGAACCUACGGCCCGGAGGACUGGCAGCCAGGAGCGACCAGCUAAAUGUUGGCGACUACAUCAAGUCAGUGAACGGCAUCAAUCUGACCAAACUGAGGCACGAAGAGAUCAUCAGCUUACUGAAGAACGUAGGAGAGCGAGUUCUGCUGGAGGUGGAGUAUGAACUGCCCCCUACAGCCCCAGACAGCAGCUCAGGGGUGAUAUCAAAGACAAUCGACAUCUGUUUGCACAAAGAGGGGAGCAGCUUUGGUUUCGUCAUGAGAGGUGGUAUGCACGAGGACUGGCACAAGUCUCGCCCUCUAGUGGUCACCUACGUCAGGCCAGGCGGUCCUGCAGACAGAGAAAGCACGCUGCGUCCCGGUGACCGUCUCCUCAGUGUGGACGGCGUACCGCUGCACAACGCCAACCACAGCGACGCCCUCAGCGUGUUGGCCCAGUGCGGACAGGAAGCUCUGUUCCAGAUAGAGUACGACGUCACCAUCAUGGACACGGUGACGAACGCCUCCGGCCCACUAUUAGUGGAGAUCGCCAAGUCGCCGGGAGCUACGCUGGGAAUCACGCUGACCUCAGCCAAUCAUCGAAACAAGCAGGUCAUCGUCAUCGACCGAGUUAAACCUGGCAGCGUGGUGGACAGAUGUGGAGCGCUGCAUGCCGGGGAUCACCUGCUGUCCAUAGACGGAACGUCGACAGAGCACUGCACGGUCCUGGAGGCGACGCAGCUUCUGGCGAGCACAACAGAGCUGGUGAAGUUAGAAAUGCUCCCCUCCCAUCAGACACGGCUAGCUGGGAAGCAGCACGACACAGUGAAGGUUCAGAAGUCGGACCACCCCCACUCAUGGGACCCCUGCGUCAACUACUGUCACACUGCAAACUCCACCCUCUGCAACACAAGCUCCACCCUCAACAAGUCAUGGACGGCCUCCAACAACAACACCAUCAACAGCCUCGACUACUGCAAGUCUUUGGUUUCUGCCAGUUUCUCCCCGGGCUCUACGACCACGUCGGGCCCCAGCAGUCAGAGCUCCAGCACCCUGCCCCGACCUUCAGUUCCCAUGAGUCCUCGGAACUCGCUGCUCAAACGGCGGCAGAGAAAGAAAGAACACAAAAGUUCCUUGUCUCUGGCGUCCAGCUCGGUGGGUCCCGGUGGUCAGGUGGUUCAUGUAGAGACCAGUGAGGUUGUUCUAACAGGCGACCCGCUAAACGGCUUCGGGGUCCAGCUGCAGGGGGGAAUAUUUGCCACAGAGACGCUGUCAGCACCCCCGCUGAUCAGGUUCAUAGAGCCUGACAGCUCUGCAGAGAGGUGCGGCCUGCUGCAGGUGGGGGACCGCCUCCUGUCGAUCAAUGGAAUCCCCACCGAGGACGGGACACUGGAGGAGGCCAAUCAGCUUCUCCGAGACGCAGCGCUGACCAACAAGGUCUCUCUGGAGAUAGAAUUCGAUGUAGCAGAGUCCGUGGUGCCUAGCAGUGGUACGUUUCAUGUCAAACUGCCCAAGAAGAGAGGAGUGGAGCUUGGGCUCACCAUCAGCGCCAGUAAGAAGCAGGGAGAGCCUCUCAUCAUUUCUGACAUCAAGAAGGGCAGCAUGGCACACAGAACAGGAACUCUGGAGCCCGGUGAUAAACUCUUGGCCAUCGACAACAUCAGGCUGGAGAACUGUUCCCGGGACGACGCGGAGCAGAUCCUGCAGCAGUGCGAGGAGCUGGUCAAACUAAAGAUACGCAAAGACGAAGACAACUCAGACGAGCAGGAGACGUCAGGCAGCAUCAUCUACACGGUGGAGCUGAAGCGGUACGGAGGCCCUCUGGGUAUCACCAUCUCAGGCACCGAGGAGCCCUUUGACCCCAUCACUAUAUCCGGCCUGACCAAGAGAGGCCUGGCCGAGAGGACGGGGGCCAUUCAUGUCGGCGAUCGCAUCCUGGCUAUCAACAGCGUGAGUCUGAAAGGCAAACCUCUGAGUGAAGCCAUACACCUGCUGCAGAUGGCCGGAGAGACGGUCACCCUGAAGAUCAAAAAGCAGCUCGACAAUUUGGAGGAGAGGAAGGCGGCAGAAGCAGAGGACACGACGGAGAACGAGAUCAGCGACACCGAGGAGGACGAUUUGACAGACAGCCAGCAGACCAAUAAGCUGUCCGAGCUCUACUCCACGACCAUCCCCAGCGUGGACUCGGCCAUGGAGUCGUGGGACGGCUCAGGGAUGGACGCCGGCUACGGCAGCCAGGGGACGUACAACCACCAGGCAGCGGGUAUCGCACUCCACCCACAUGAGUGGCGUAGCGCCAAACAGCAGCGCAGCACCACGCCCCCUCCUGGACGCAGGAAGAACUACCCCUUCAGUGACGGAGGCUUCAGUGAGGAUGACUGGGACAAACCACCCGGAUUUAUCAGCCAACAAGAUGGUAUCUUGUUAGAUCCAGACGACAGUUUCUGGUGUCAGGCGCUUGAAGAUCUGGAGACCUGCGGCCAAUCCGAGCUCCUCAGAGAGAUAGAGGCAUCCAUCAUGACCGGAACAGCCAUCAGUCUGGGAGUAGAUGGAGUCAACAAGCCUCCACCUGAGUCCAUCCUGAGCCACAGCAGGAUGAGCCCGCUCCGGAGAAAUUCUCUCCUACACCAGGCCAACUUCCUGCACCAGAAUGCACACCUCCACCAGGGAGCCCACCUGCACGAGGAGGCCCACCUGCACGAAGAGGCCCAGCUCCAUCAAGAUAAAAUGUUUUUUUAUCCAGACAUCCACCUGCACCAGGAGGCCCUUUUCAACCAUGAUGCCCACCUGCACUCGGGGGCCCACCUCCACCCGGAUAACCAGUCCCCUCUGCUGCACCACGACCCCAAGUCCAAGGCCUCCCUGAGAGUGUCGGAGAGGACAUGGGAGUCUCGUCGGAUCAAGGAGGAGAUGCAGGGGAUUCUGUCCCCAACGCCUCUAGAGCUGCACAAAGUCACCGUCAUAAAGGACCCAGAGAACGACGACUUCGGCUUCAGCGUGUCCGACGGCUUCUUGGAGAAAGGAGUUUACGUAAACAUGAUCAGACCCGACGGGCCUGCUGACCGCUCCGGGCUCAGACCGUACGACAGGAUCCUGCAGGUGAACCACGUGAGGACGAGGGACUUCGACUGCUGCUUGGCGGUUCCUCUGAUCACAGAGGCCGGGGACAGACUGGAACUGGUCAUCAGCAGGAACCCAAUGGCAAACGACGACGACGACGAUGAAGACGACUUAGAGGACAAUAACAACACUUUGGACCACCUGCAAGAUCUGUAACACACACACACACACACACACACACACACACACACACACACACACACACACACACACACACACACACACUGAAAGACAGCGUAAGACUAACAGAGACGUGCUUUAACUGGUGAUGAAGUGCAAAGGUACAUCUCCUGGAUCUGACCGAAACAGACAAACCCCGCCUGCCGGCAGUAAAUCUACUAAAACACAGACUCCUUCACAUCAUUGCAUGCACACAAAGUCUCCCCCUUCCACAUCCAUGCUGGAUUCAACUGCUCUUAUAUGUUGCAUUUCUCCAUAUAAGUACAGCCACAGAUCAAAUCCCACUAGAGACCCCCCCCCCCCCCCACCUCCACCUCCUGAAGGCUGACUCAGAGUCCUCACUGCGCUGUUCCAACAUAAACAACCACUUACUUGCCACUUUAACCUUCCAUUUCAACAGAUUCAGACUCUUUAAAUCUUGUUUUGACUGAAAACAAACAACUCAAACCUGCAAUUUAGGGUGAGGUAAUUUCCGCUGUUAUUAAUGCCAGGCCACAGAUUUAUAGAAAUGACUGGUGCACCAGGGGGGAUUUGCCUUAUUACAUAAUAUUGUGGGUGAUUUUUGAGAGACAGGGCCUUGUUCGGUUUGCAGAGUUUCAUGUGUUUUUUAAAACGAUCUGAGAAGAAGUAAGAGGUUUGAACAAACGUUUAUGAAGGAAAAGUGUCUCACUUUGGUUUACACUGAUGUAGCCGUGGUAAAAAGUCUGUUCUGCUGCUACGAUUCUGCUGCUCUUCUGUACAGCCCGACCGAUUAAUUAGCCAGCCGAUAAUAUCGGCCGAUAUCAGCAUGUCCAGUGACUAUCGGUAUCGGCU